CCGCCUUCCGCACUGCGGACGCCUCUGCUCUACCCGAGUCAGUUUCCGGGAGCAUGCGCAAACCCCCGUACGUCAAGAUGGCGGCCUCCAUAUUGCACACGCUGGUGAGGCGGUAUCCUACCGUUUCGCCCUUCAGAGGUAUCAGCGGAGUUCAGGUUUCCCUCCAGACUUUUUGCACCAAAGCCCCUCCUGGAAAAGAUACUUUGCCCCCAGCUCCUGUUUCUCCUUAUGAGAGUGAACCCUGGAAAUACCUGGACUCAGAAGAAUACCAGAGCCGCUAUGGUUCUCGCCCUGUCUGGGCUGACUACCGCCGCAACCACAAAGGCGGUGUUCCCCCGCAGCGUACUCGGAGGACGUGCAUUCGUAAGAAUAAAGUUGCUGGGAAUCCCUGUCCCAUCUGCCGGGAUCACAAGUUGCACGUGGACUUUAGGAAUGUGAAGCUCUUGGAACAGUUUGUGUGUGCCCACACGGGCAUCAUCUUCCAUGCCCCCUACACAGGGGUUUGUAUGAAGCAGCACAAGAGGUUGACUCAGGCCAUCCAGAAAGCCAGGGAGCAUGGGCUCCUCAGUUACCACAUUCCCCAGGUGGAGCCGCGGGACCUCGACUUCGGGACUUCGCAUGGAGCCGUGAGUGCCACUCCGCCAGCCCCCAGCCUGCUUUCCGGUGACCCCUGGUACCCUUGGUACAGCUGGAAGCAGCCACCGGAAAGAGAACUGUCCCGGCUUCGCCGGCUCUACCAGGGCCAUCUCCGAGAAGAGAGCGGGCCCCCGCCUGAGUCCAUGCCCGAGGAGCCCCCUGUGGCCCCAGCUGAGCAGAGCCCCCCAAGUGCUCUGUAGGACUUGGACGCCAAGCAGGGUGGCCAAGGUCUCUGGCAAUGGCCGACAGCAGCCCAGGAAACCCUGGACUGUGGAGGGGUAACUCCGUCUGCGGUGGAGGGAGCGCAGGGCCUGUGUGCACACUGAGAACAGAUGCGCUUAGCUCUCUGUCUCCGACUUCUGCAGGCUCACUUUCUCCACAAUAAAGUUGUGUCUCCCA